AUGUCUUUCAACAACGAAACCGAGCGACAACUGCCCGACCUUCGUUGGAUGAAGGCCAAGAAGGGCGAAGAAGUCCCAUGGGACCCGACCUCGGACCGGCCGUUCCACCCAAAGAUGCACUUCUCGGCGGGGGUCGUGAGCCACCCGACAGCCUGGCCACGCCAGUCAGAGGAUGGCGGCGACGCCAGCAGCAAGCACAGGUGGACCGGGGUGCUUCCCAUGCCCAGGCCCGCCGCCCGCGGCACCAUCCUGGAGAAGUACGCCGCCUGGAGAUACUACGCCGAGAACCCGGCCGAGGUCCCGUCGGCGCUCGAGGGAAGAGGGCGCGCCGCCGUACGAGGCGGCGCCCACAGCAAGCGGAGCCGCCCGCUUGACUACGUCGAGAGGGCGUUGGCGGCGCUGAACCGAGAGCUGGCGACUUGCUGCGUGUGCCAAAAGUCAAAAAUGACUUGCGCCCACCACGAUCUGAGCGACCUGGAGCGGGCAUACCGCAACAUGAAGGGCACCCGCGAGCUGCGCGAGAUCGUCGAGAAGACCAGCCGGAACUUCAAGAACGUGUCGGGCAACAACGCCCGAUCCGCUGCCAGGCGGAGGAGAGCCGCUGCCCAGUCUGCCUCUCCGAACCUUGUUCAGGAUCCCGCUCCUGCCUCUGUUCCUCUCGCCGCUCCUUUCUCCGCUCCCGCCUCUCACCAGGUGUCUGCGCAGGCUCCCCUCCCUUCGGUCUUCCCUCCUCCCGUCUCGGCUCCUCUCCCGCCCUUCGCUCCCUUCGCUCCCGCCGCUCUUCCGGACCCUGAGCACAUCUCCCCUGGGACCUCUUUCGGGAGCCUCCCUUCGGACCCUGCGGCUCAGGGCACCCCUCCGGACUUCGAUCUGCUCUCCGGUCUUCUCCUCCCGCCGGCGCUUGCGGAAGAUUCCUAUGCGACCGCCAGCCACACGUGGUCGCAUCCGGUUUCUGCACCGGUGGGCUAUAGGGGGGCAGAUCCCACCUUUAUUCCGGAUUCCGCUCCGGGCUACUUUCCUCUCCCUCUUUUCGGCUUCGAUGCCGCCUCUUUUCCUGCCUCUUUUCCUGCCUCUGCUCCGGUCUACGAUCCCGGCUCGUUUCCUGCCUCGGCUCCCGACUUUCCUUGGGAUGCCUUGCCCGACGACCUCCAGAUCCCCAAUCUGGACUUCAACUCCGCCGUCCCUGCCCCUUCUUCAUCGGGGCCUUUCACCUUUGCACCGAUGGUGGAAGGCCCAGCAAACGGCUUUCGGGCGACGGGCGGCUUUGACAUGACGACCAGCGUUGAUAAUCUGUACAACAGUGCUCUUUCUCAACGCUGA